ACCCAAUCCACAAACAUCUUCUUCCAUUAUUUCCCGAUGGCAAAGACCACAUACUCGAUUGAUACCCUUUUACUGCUCAAAACAUCCCAGAAAAUAGACUUGGGCUCCAAGUUGGACGAAUUGUUCCCACCCGACCUACAACAGCCAGGCAGAACUCUUCCCCAAAAACCCAACUUCAAUCCCAGAAGAAACAGGUUCAAGACACCCCAAACCCCAACCCAAACUUCCCUGCUCGAUUUGAUCUCCCAACUUUCAGGCUACGAAAACGCCCCUGUCAGGUUUCCAAUCCCGGGCGUAUACUCCUAUCCCAUCACAGUGUGUCCAGAAAAUAUGCCAUUUGCUCCAAACUGCUACCCCGGAUUCUUACAGCUUCCAGCUGGGUCACGGAUAGUCGCUGUGGAACACGGAAAGAAGGUGCCACAAGGAGCCAUUCCUGUGCCCCCAGCGCUACUCAACUCGAACUUCUAUGGUCCUUAUCCACUUGGUAUUCCCAACAUGAAUUAUGCUCCCCAAGAAGGCAGCAAAGCUCUAAGAUGGCAGCCAUUGGGGUUCCAGCAAGCGAGCCCGGCCCCUAAGAAUACCAAAUUAUCCAGAUCUUUUGGAGCCGGUCAUCCUGCUUCAAUGCCAAUUCGUGUAGCCGUUCCGGCUCCCACACCAGCUUGUGAGCCAGAAACCCAGCCAGCGGCCGACUCGCUAAGCACAAAAUCCUACGUGUCCAACGACGAUGAAACAGUAUCAACUUUGGGCCUGUCUUAUGACAGCUACAACAUCCAGAUCCAACUUCCUAAGUUUAACUAGUUAGCUGGUGUAUUUGGCCAGUGAUAAACCUUUGGUAAAUCUACGUAGCAUUGUAUAUGUUUUUAAAGCGAAUGGAGUUGCCCGAU